CUCCUCCUCCUCCGGCGCCGCCUCCCCCGACGCGGCGCCCGGAGCCCGUGCCCAGCCCCGGGCCGCGCGGUGCCAUGCUGCCCCGGCGGCGGCACUGAAGGAUGGCGACGCCUGUCCCUCCGCCCUCCCCGCGGCACCGGCGGCUGCUGCGGCUGCUGCUCUCUGGCCUCGUCCUCGGCGCGGCCUUGCGCGGUGCGGCCGCCCGCCGCCCGGAUGCAGCCGUCUGUCCUGGGAGCCUGGACUGUGCCCUGAAGAGGCGAGCGCGGUGCCCCCCGGGUGCACGUGUCUGUGGGCCCUGCCUUCAGCCCUUCCAGGAGGACCAGCAGGGGCUCUGUGUGCCCAGGAUGCGCCAGCCUCUGGGGGAGGGCUUGCCCCAGCCCAGACUGGAAGAUGAGAUCGACUUCCUGGCCCAGGAGCUAGCCCGGCAGGAGGCGGGGCACUCCAGGCUCACGGCCCCACCCCAGCCUGAGGGGCGCCAGCGGCUCCUGGAGGCUGCAUCCACCCUGGGGCUCUCAGAGCGUGGCCGGGGCCCCAACCUGGGCCUCCCCUCCACGCGGGGAGCGCCCACGCCCCGCACCUCCUCCCUGCGCUCCACUGUGUCAUCUGGGCCUGUGCACAUGUCCCCGCUGGAGCCGCGGGGCGGGCGCGAUGACAGCCUUGCCCUCCUGCUGAUCGUGGCGUGCUCCGUGGCCGGCGCGGCCGCCCUUGCCGUGGCCGUUUUCUGCUGGUGUCGGCUGCAGCGAGACGUUCGCCUGACCCAGAAGGCCGACUACGCGGCCCCGCAGGCGCCCAGCUCCCCAGCCACGCCCAGGAUCUCGCAGCCCGGGGACCAGCGGCUGGCGCACAGCGCGGAGAUGUAUCACUACCAGCACCAGAGGCAGCAGAUGCGGUGCUUGGAGCGGCAUAAGGAGCCCCCCAAGGAGUUGGACUCUGCCUCCUCCGACGAGGAGAACGAAGACGGCGACUUCACGGUGUACGAGUGCCCCGGCCUGGCCCCGACUGGAGAGAUGGAGGUGCGGAACCCACUGUUCGACCACGCCUCGCUGUCCGCGCCCCCGCUGCAGUGACCCGAAGGCUGAUGCCCACCCUCUCGUGGACGCGCUGCCCACGGGUGGGGAGGGGCAGGGCCCAGCCUUUCCCAUUAAAGAGACUGUGUCCUGACACUCGUGUGCUUGUGGCUGGGGCCCCGGGGCGGCCGGGAACCCCUUGCCGGGGAGACUCCCCCUGCUUCCAGGGACCUUCUCUGCUCCUUGCACCUGCCCCUCACAUCUGGACACUCCCAGUCGAGCGGAGGAAGACAACCCGAGAGACAAGGCAUGGAUUGGGAAUCCCGGAGACAAGCCAAUUAAAGUACAUUUCAAAACUUUG